AUGGCCAGCGAUGCCCGCUGCCGGCACGUUGCCGGCAGGACCCAGCAGCGCCGUCUCGCGCACCCACGCUCUCGCAGGCGUCCCACCCCUGUGCGCGGCUUGGCGCCCGUAGCCUCCAUCCCCAGCCGCGUCCCUCCUGCCCCAGACCGGCCCGCGCCUCCCGAGACGGUGACGCCGCACCGCGGGUCUCUGGCGCUGAUCCUGCGGCGGGAGGGCUACACGGUGCAGGUGAACGUCAACGACUACUUGGACAUCUACUGCCCGCACUACAACGCCUCGGUGCCCGAGCACCGGUUGGAGCAGUACGUCCUCUACAUGGUGAACGCGGAGGGCUACCGCACCUGCAACACCAGCCAGGGCUUCAAGCGCUGGGAGUGCAACCGGCCCCACGCGCCCCACAGCCCCAUCAAGUUCUCGGAGAAGUUCCAGCGCUACAGCGCCUUCUCGUUGGGCUACGAGUUCCGCGCGGGGCAGGAGUACUACUACAUCUGGACUCGGGGUGCCAACCCCGGGCCGGAGCUGUGUGGCAUGGCCAGGGUCCAGCCGGGGCGGCAUCACCCAGCGGUGCCGAGGGCCGUAUCCUCCUGGACGCUGGCUGACGGGAACCAGCCGCAGCCCCCGUCCCGCCUGGCGUCGGGCCGUGCCUACCUGCCGGGCUGCACGCAGCCGGCGCGGAACGUCACCGUGGCCUUUGCUCCCGGCUGCGGACUGGACGGCUCUUCUUCCUUCUCCGGCCUCGCCGCGGGUGACCCGGCGCAGCAGGAGCCCUGCCUACGCAGGCAUCGACCCCGUCCCACGGUCACCGGGGGCGGCCCCCAGCGCCGCACGCACGAGGCGGCGUGGCCGUGA